CGAAACCCCCGACCUGAUUCUGAGCCGUGUCACAGCGGCCAUGAUCAGCUUUGCGGCCUUUUGAGAACCAUCUCAUUGCUUUUCAUCCGCUGAAUGAGAUAGAAGAAAGAAAGACGGCGAAAAAGAAAGGGGCAGAGAGAAAGUGAGAGACGGACAACGACAGGCCAGAGACACAAGUGAUAGAAGCUCUCUUGGUGCCGGCCACCUCCCCCGUAUCAGAUUCUGGCACUCAUAUGCUGUCGCAACCCACCUUUGCCCUAUCAGCCUCGAUCGCCCCUUGUGUAAAGCAACAAUGGCCAUCGGCAUGAGUUCGCCCCCCGCGGUCGAGGACGUCAUCAUCACGGCGCCUCGGCCACACAUUCUGCUUGUCACCAUCAACCGCCCCAAGCAGCUCAACUGCAUCCGCCACGACAUGCACUACCAGCUCGACCGCCUGUGGAAGUGGUACGACGCCGAGCCGGCGCUGCGAUGUGCCGUCAUCACCGGCAUGGGACGGGCCUUUUGCGCCGGCGCCGACCUCAAGGAGUGGAACGAGCGUAACGCCAACCCCGACGAGCCGUCCAAGAAGGCUCCCGAGGCCGGCUUUGGCGGGCUCAGCAACCGCCAGGGCAAGAAGCCCAUCAUUGCCGCCGUCAAUGGCCUGUGCCUGGGCGGCGGCAUGGAGAUGAUUCUCAACGUCGACAUGGUCAUCGCGUCCGUCGAUGCACGCUUCGCCUUGCCCGAAGUUGCCCGAGGCGUCGUGCCCAUUCAGGGGGCACUACCGCGUCUGAUCCGCUCCGUCGGCAUGCAGCGCGCUUCCGAGAUGGCUCUGCUGGGCAGGAUCUACAAAGCCGACGAGAUGCUUCGCUGGGGGCUGGUCAAUCAUGUCAUUGCGCGCGGAAGCGACGUCGUUGGCGAGGCCCUUCAAUGGGCCAUUGAGCUGGCCAACAACUCGCCAGACUCCAUCAUCGUGGCCCGUCAAGGCCUGCUCGGUGGCUGGGAACCGGAGAACCCCAAGGAAAGUACCGACCGCAUCUUGACGGAGAUCUACACCAAGAUGGAUGGCGGAGACAACAUGACGGAGGGUGUGCGGGCCUUUGUCGAGAAGAGAAAGCCCAUCUGGAAGGAUAGUAAGCUGUGAGAUAGAAGAGAGGUGCAAACCGACAUCGCCCCUCAACUACACCAAGACGAGAGAGGAAAGUGUUUGGCGGAAUGUCUUGGAUUUUGCGUCUUGGUGAUGCAAUCCAUGAAAGCUGGCAGCAUGUGCUGCGUGCUUUGAAUGUACAUAUGACUCGUAUAGUACCACCGUAGCAGUCAGUAUAAGCAAAAUCUGCUCUGUUCUGCCCUGU